AUGCAGUUAAUCCGUCACGUUGAAAAGCAUGAGGACUUCUUCCUUCCUAGCCCAGACAAUAUUGCCUGGGAUUUGCCGGGAAAACUUUACGGCAAGGAGAAGAACGCCCUGGCCUUUUCGGAGGUUGAGACUGUUUUCCCUGCUACUGAAGUUCAGAGAGAUAUUCUCAAUGAGGAUGUUCAAUGGGCUGAAGUUGAGCUUUUUUCCGGCAAACCAUCAUCGUUUGGUUUGGAAAACAUCUUCAAUGCUUGGACUUCUCUGGCAUCGCACCAUGCUUGCCUUCGGUCUUACAUCACGAUUCUUCCUGAAACGGGACAACCGCAGGUUGUUGUCCUUCGCCGUAUCGAAGGCAUCAGAUGGAACCACACAAGCAAGAGUUCGAAGGCCUCUGGCGAGACUCCGGCGUAUGUAACUGUUGAGGGUACACACCGUCUUGAUGAAAUAAGCCUGGUGCUUCAUUUUCAUCGAGCUUUGAUUGAUACCACCUCCUUGCACAUGAUCAAGCUUGACUAUGCCCUUCAAAUCCAUGGUCUUCCGAGCAUCGAGAGCACUGGUUUUGCUACGCUUUUCUGGGCGGAGACGCUCACUGAAGUUGUUCCUCAGCCUAUUUUUGGUCUUUCUCCGGUCUUCUUCGACAAGACUCACAACGCUACUCAAGACAGGCACGGAGUUAGUGCUGUCAUUCGUGGGUCCGAAUUAGCCAAGCUCAACGAUCUCAAUGCAUCUCAUGGACUGGCGUCCUGGCGUCAGACUUUCUUCGAACUCGUUUGGGCACAUGUCUUGAGCGCUCACACUGGCUCAGACGAAGUUGUCUUCGGUACUGUGCGCCGAGAUGAGAACUUCAUCGGUUCAGACACCUGCAUUGGUUGUGUUGAUCAAACAUAUCCUGUCCGGUUUCGUGUUGCUGGCGACCAAAAGCUGACCGUCCUAGACGCCUCUAGAGCUCUUGACGUCUACCACAGCCAGGCUGGUCGCCAUGCAUUCGUUGGACUUGAGGAAAUCCAACGUCAAUUCCGAUAUAGCCAUGUCGUAGAGACGGCCGUCAGCUACAGUCAGACGACAAACGCCCCUUGCAUCGCCCCAGGGCUGAGAUCGUUUCCAGUUGUGCUAUGCAUUAGCGACGCUGGAGUGCUGAGGGUGACGCUCAAAUGUAAGGCUUACAUCCCAUUGGAAGAAAUUGAGAUUGUCUUGCAGCAUUUCGUGGCUGGCAUCCUCAAUGUCUCGUCGAAGAUGAGCCUCGAGAAAGACUACCGUUUAUCAAACGUCGAUCUUAUCUCGGAAGACGAAAAGCACGCGCUUAUCCCACGAUCGCUUGCCACCCCCACGGUUCAGCUCACAACGAUUUCAGCUCUUUUUGAGAAGACUGCGGCCUUGCAUCCCUCAAAAAUCGCUGUUGAUUUUGAGGGGAGCCUCUCGCUAACCUUUUCUGAGCUUAACAGCAAAGCCAAUGUUCUCGCUAGAAGGCUCAAACUUGAAAAAGGGUCACUGGUGCCGAUUCUUUCGGAGCGAUCUAUCUACCUUGUGGUAGCAAUCCUUGCUGUACUCAAGUCUGGUGCUGCUUACACAGUUCUUGACCCGGAAAUACCCACCAGCCGUCUGGAGCAAAUAGUUGACGAUUGUAAGCCUGCCACAAUUUUGGCCAGUCGCCAGUACAUCAACGUUUUCCUCAAUGCCACCGAUAUACAGCAAGUUCUUUAUUCAGGAUAUGGUACAUCUCCUUCGUCUCCAGCAGAGCUCGACAAUCUCAACAUUGAGGUUGACCCUGAAGAUCGCUGCUAUAUCAUCUACACUUCCGGUAGCACGGGCAAGCCCAAGGGCGCAGUACUCACACACCGUGCUGCCACCAGUGGCAUGGUGUAUCAUUCUCUCAACGGCCUUGACCGUUGGCUGCUUUUCUACAAUCCCAGCUUCAGUGCUGCUCAGAGGACUAUUCUGGGAACUCUGGUACACGGAGGAACCCUGGUGCUGGCAAGCAAAGAAUCUCUUACCAAUGACCUUGCUGGUGUUGUCAAUAGGCUCUCAGUGGAUUCACUUGGCAUCACCCCCUCGGCUUUGGCACUUCUGAAGCCUGACCAAGUCCCAGGUCUCAAGCAGAUCACGCUUGUCGGUGAGCAGAUUCCUCAAGAUCUAGUCGAAAUCUGGUCAAAACGAGAUAGCCUUCGCCUAAGAAAUACAUACGGGCUAAGCGAGUGCACUCAGCUCAAUUUUGGGCGUGAGCUUCGUGCGCAGCCGGGAGGCGUGGCCAAUCCUCGCAUAGUUGGUUCUCCUGCCGACACUACACAUGCAUUCAUUCUCCAGCAAGGUACCACAGAACCUUCACCGUUACUCGUUUCUGGUGAACUCUGCCUGUCCGGCCCACAGCUUGCUGAGGGCUACAUCAACGAGCCUGCGCUGACAGCGCGCGUCUUCAUCGACAACCCCUUCGGUCCUGGCAAGCUCUACCGCACAGGCGACAAAGCUCGCCGUCUUGCCGAUGGCCAGAUUGAGAUUCAGGGUCGCAUUGAUAUGCAAGCCAAGAUCAACGGUCAAAAAGUUGAGCCCGUAGAGAUCGAUCGAUUGCUUCGCGCGGUUAGUGUUUUCGAAGCAUCCAUCACUCUUGCGGUCCAUCUGGAAGAUCGCACCGUACUGGCUACAGGGGUUGUUCUUCCUCGAAGCAGUGUCUUCAGGAAUGCAGUUCUCGCUGCUCGGGAAUACUUGCGCAAAAGACUACCUGCCUACAUGGUGCCUGGUAUCUGGUUUCCCGUACAAGAAAUUCCUAAAAACGCGAACGGCAAGGUCAACUAUGCUCGACUACGUGACUUGGUCAAGGAAUUGGGAACCUUCGGAUUUGCCAAGCUCAUGGAAACUGAAGGUUCCAUGUCCAGCAUCAACAGUAUCACGGAUGAUGUUGAGAUUAAUAUCGCAUCGUCUUGGUCAGCCAUUCUUGGAGUUAACCAGUCUAUCAUUCGCCGAUCGCACUCGUUUUCUGAUCUCGGGGGAACCUCUAUCCACGCGAUCCAAGUCAUUUCUGAGCUUCGCAAGUCUGGAAUUUCCGUGGAUUUGGGCGACCUCCUAGGCGAGAGCUCUCUCGAAGCGGUUGCAGCUCGUUCUCAAGCCUUCAACGCCGAUGCUCAGCACGAACCAGAACCUUUCUCUCUUCUUGCUGAUCUUGAUCUUGCGUCAAAGUUGCAAAAUGACGGAGGCAUCAUUGAUGCGUACCCUGCCACUCCAUUCCAGGAGGCUAUGCUGGCAUCGAUGAACACACCAUCCGAUCCGUACACCUACUCCAGGACUUGGGAUGUCAGCAAUCUUGAUCUCGCGCUACUAAGGCAGAGUUUCGAGCAGGUGUUUCGUCAUCGGGAUAUUCUGCGAACUGUUUUCGUCCCACACAAACGAUCCUUUAUGCAAACAAUUCGCGACGAUCUAGCUCUUCCUUGGAUCGAGUGCAAGGAUUCGCUUGAAUCCUCCAUGUCACAAGAGACCGUUCACCAGUGGGAGUUGAAUGGUCCCUUGUGGAAAGUCACAGUUUUUUCCAACCAAAUUUUGGUUGUGACGAUGCACCACUCUCUCUUCGACUUCUGGUCUCAUCGAUUCCUUUAUGACGAUGUCGCGGCGGUUUACUUGGGCAACCCCAUUCCUCAAAGGCCGAAAUUCAACAAUUUUGUAAGGCAUUUACUGAGCCAAGAGGAUAAUGCUCAUCAGACUUUUUGGUCAAGCUAUCUUGAAGGGGCGGAUCUAGCAAAGUUGAACUACAGCCCGCUCGACCAGACUAACAAGAUCGAGGUGAGCCUGGACAUCAGUCUCGGCAAGCGUGCUGGCAGUGUCGGUCUUACUCUCGGUUCCGUUGUUUACAGCGCUUGGGCGAUCCUUCUUUCACGUCACUUGGGAAUUGACGACGUUACGUUCGCCACAACUGUUUCUGGUAGAGAGACUCCUGUGGCCGGUAUUCACGACAUCGACGGCCCUACCAUGACCACCGUACCUCAGCGCGUUAAACUGGAGCCCAAUGCUACCCUUAGAGACGUUUGUAAGAGUACCCUUUCUGGUUUUACUCGGCUGUUGAAGCACUCGCAACUCGGGAUGCUCGGGGCGCUACGUGCCGGAAACCUCCCCUCCCACGCCAUUGACACACUUGUCAACAUCCUGGUCAAAAACGGCGAUGCAGAAACUGGAACCAAGGAUAGCCAAGGUGUGUUCAGGAUGUACGGUCGCCGGACACAAUGGGCUUCUGGCUCCGACACAACUGUUCUUGAAGUUGAGGAAGACAGAGAUAUCACCAUCGUUCGUCUAGUCAGCACUAUGGAGUCUCGCCGAUUGGAGUUUGUCAAGAACUCCUUCCUGAGGCUUGUUACUCUUCUAGUGGAACAGCCUGAUGCAAAACUUGCGUCGACAGCAAUCAUUGACGACACCGAGUACGACUUCAUCUACAACACACUUUCCAACCGUAAAACUUUGCAUAUCCCUGAGGCAGAGUUUCUCCACAGUUCGUUUGAGAGAAUCGCCCGUGACGCGCCAGAUACCGUCGCUAUUGACUUCAAUGGCGAGGAAGUGAUUUCGUAUGGCACGCUGGACAAUCUGGCAAAUCGCCUCGCGCACACUCUGCUCGACCACGACGUUCAACCGGGAGACUUAAUUCCACUCAUGCUUGACAAGUCAGUCGACAUGAUGGUUGCUAUCCUGGGUGUCAUGAAAGCAGGAGGAGCGUAUGUUCCACUCAGCCCGGAUAAUCCCAGCGAGAGAAAUGCGUACGUUGUUUCCGAUACCAAGGCGAAGCUUCUGGUGAUUCAUCCCCAACAUGCUGCUUUCGGCUCAUACGUCGGUGAACUCCAUGGAGUCAAAAUGUUGGUUUUGCAGAAUCACCACGAGCUGCCCGCCUUGACUAGAAAUGGCCGCGAUGCGAACGUCGCACCUGUUAUUAAUUCGACACCGGACGCUCUCGCCUACCUGAUUUAUACAUCUGGUAGCACUGGCAUGCCCAAAGGCGUCAAAGUUCCGCACAGAGCAGCGGCAGCGGCAGUCAAGAGCAUGGCGCAAGUUGAAGGCCGGUUUCAAGGCACUUGGCGGACGUUGCAGUUUGCCAAUUACGUCUUCGAUGCGUCUGUGCAAGACUUCUUCAACACGCUCAGCACAGGUGGCACGCUUUGCAUGGCCCCAAUGGAGACACUGCUUUCUGACAUUGUUGGCUGCAUCAACCGGAUGAACGCCCGGCAAUCCAUUAUCACACCAACGGUCGCCAAGCUAUUUGGUCCCAAAGACGUUCCAGGGUUUGAGACUCUCAUUGUUGGCGGCGAGCCUUUGACUUCAGAUGUUGUCGACGUCUGGGGACCACACUGCAAAAUUCUGAACGUCUACGGUCCAACCGAGACCUCCAUGGUUGUGACAACGAAGGACGUCGAAGGGUCGUCGGGCGCUAAAGGUCACCGCAUUGGUAACAUUGGUGCGCCAUUUCCGACCGUCAUGGCUUUCAUCGUCAACCCAGAUGGCGAGGAACUAGUGCCGUAUGGUGCAGUCGGCGAACUAUGCAUCGCAGGACCACAAGUCACUGAUGGAUAUAUGAACCGGCCUGAUUUGACAGAAGCGGCCUACAUAGAAAGCAAACAACUUGGGACACGCAUCUACCGGACAGGAGACUUGGCUCGGUGGCUGCCCGCGGGCGAGAUCGAGUGUUUGGGUCGCAAAGACAACCAAGUCAAGAUCCACGGCCACCGCAUCGAACUUGGCGAAGUUGAGAACGUCAUCCGUCGUUCCGGUCUUGUCAAGGACACGGUAGCCAUAGUUGCAAAUGUCCAAGACAAGACUCAUCUAGUUACUUUUUGCAUCUUUGACGAAACCAUUGUCGCCAUCGACAAGUCUGGCACUCAGGAUCCAUCACCCUUCCAAAGUGUCGUCACCGAGCUACGCCAAAGCUUGGGCUCACUUGCCACAUACAUGAUUCCCAAGUUCGUCAUUCCUAUGACAACAUUCCCAAAGCUUCCGUCGCGCAAGGUCGACCGUAAAUCCCUGAAGAAGACAGUCGAUGAGCUCAGCCGAGAAUAUUUGGCGCAAUGUAUGUUUGAGAAUCCGGGAGAGAAACAUGAAGUUAUCCCCGUACAAACUCUAACAGAAGAGACGCUGGAACUGGUUUGGGCGGACAUCUUUGGGGUCUCCACGAGUCAAAUUGGACGCGAGGCUAAUUUCUUCACCCUUGGCGGUGACUCCAUCUCCGCCAUCAGCCUCACUGGUCAGUUACGUCGAGUCGGAUACUCACUGACCGUGCUGGACAUUCUUAAGUCCCCCAAGUUGAAGGAAAUGGCGACUACUUUGAAGAAACUGAAUAAGGAGAAAUCUUCGGUCAAGAAAGUGUUCGAGGUUCCAGAAGUUGUCAAAGUGGCUGCCAAAAAAAGCGGUUUGAUAUGGGACGAGCAUGUUGAUUAUGCUUAUCCAUGCCCGCCCGGUCAAACAGAGUUCUUGAAGCAGGGCAAUCGAGACUCUCAAAUGUGGGCUCUGCAAACUGUCCGGCGGAUGACGCCGGACAUUAGCCCAGAAACCUGGGUCGAGGCAACUGUUCGUCUCACAGAAGUCAACGAAAUCCUAAGAACGACUUGGAUCAAAGUGUUUGAAGACGACUGGGUUGGAGUUAUUCUUCGCAGCCCUGAACUGAACCUUACAAAGGUGGCUCUAGAGUCAGAGGAAGAGAUCUCAGGCUUCAUCGAAGACUUCUGGCAGACGCGUUUCGAAUUUGGGCGUCCUUUCAUCAAAUACGCAAUCAUCACGCAUGGGGAUUCAUCCUGGGACCUUGUAAUCAAGAUGGACCACGCUGUGUAUGAUGGCACCUUACUGCGCGUGUUCGAUGACCACUUUGGCGCUAUCCUUCGAGGGGAAGCCAUAACACCACGCGUCGAAUUUCGUGAUUUCGUCCAGCACGUCUUUCAGGAAGACAAGUCGUCUUCCUUAGACUUUUGGAGAUCGAAGAUGGCCGGUUUGAGUCCGGUUCAUCAGUACUUGCAUGGCCGUGAUCUUGCAGCAAUGUCUUCGCCAAAGGUCACGAGCAGUUUGCGGAGAGAAAUCGACACAACAAACAUUGAACAGGCAGCCACCCAACUCGGUGUAACUCCCAGCAUCAUCUUCCAGGGUGCUUUCUCUCUCUGGAUGGCGGCAGCGACUGGGACCACUGACGUCAGGUUCGAUUACCUCUUGAGCGGUCGCAAUGUGGCGCUGCCUGAUCCUCAAUCCAUCAAUGGCACGCUAGCAAACUUUUUGCCGUUCCGUACACACAUCCACCGAAAUCAGCCGGUGCAUCGUUUCCUCUUGGACCUGCAAGACGACUUCUGGGCGGUGACCGAGAAUGGUCUCGUCGGUCUCGAUGAUAUAUACCGCGUCACGGGACUGUCUCGUGAGGCGUAUGGCAAUCGGGUCUUGUUCCUGUCUCAGCCAUUUGAACCUGCAGCUAAAGACGAUCCCAACGGCCGCUAUCGAUGGCUGGUCAUGGCGAAGUCCAAGGUGCGCAUGUACCAGCCCUAUGCGUUGGUUAUCGAAGUUUCCAAGUCGCUUGGCGAACGUCACAUUCUCAAGAUCAUGUAUGACAACACUGUAUUCGACUUGGCUGUGGCAGAAAGGAUUGCAGACGACAUAACUGAGCUUGUUGGGGUUCUUGCAGACAUGAGCAAAAAAGACCUGGCGCUAGAAGUAUUGUAG